CUCACUACUGCCGCUACCCUUGUGUGAACUGAAAGUCAUGGCAAAUGCGAUGUUGUCAUCUCUUGCGGCCUUUAAACACAACUGUCAUUUCGCGCAGUUGCAAACGCCUCUUGCGAUCCUGAUGGAUUGUUAACCGCUUAACAGGUGGACCAGCAUCACAACCAUUUCAGAUCCAAACCCCUGCCAGCCCAGCCCAGCGCUCCGCUCCGAACCAGACCGACCACGAUGCAUCAUGCUGCAGCCUCACUACUUGUGAGUCAGCAAGAAAUUCCUGUACUUUAGCAGAGGAGACAAACAUCUCGACCAUCCCUUCCGUAAAGGGUCGCUGUUGCCACUGAUUGACCAACUUCAUUCUCGGCCGCCUACUGCUCUACUUCUCUGCUGCAACAAUGUCAAGAUCAAAUGACAUCCCAGCCCUGGAGGGAGGUCCCUCUGAUGGUAUUCUGGGAGGGAUGUCCAUUCCCAGGGGCAUGACCCGGCGGGCCAUGAGCUACGACGAGAGCCUGGAGGGACACAUGUCCCCCCUCCCCUCGGACAUCAACAUCAGCAACCUGUGGAUGAGGCCCGUCAUCCCCGAACGCAAAUUCCAGCGACUCGCCGAAGAGGAUGAGAGUGGAGCCGGGCUGAUCCACACUCCCUCUGUUGACAGUGAGGCUGCCAGACCAAUGGUCCCUGUGGUGAAGACCAAAGCCUCCUCCGUCAUGAGCUCUCUGAUAACCAAGCAGACCCAGGAGAACAUCCACAAAUUUGAGAAGCAGGCGGGACUGACUGAUACAGGCUACACCCCCCAUAAAGGCCUGGUGGAUGAGAACACCAGCCACUACCACCGCAUAUCUGACUCCAUACACAAGAUGCACAUGCACAAUACUGACGUGCAACAUGUAAAGGAGGAGAAGCAGUCAUCAUCCACUCAGUCUACUCCAGCAAGUACCCCACAGUCCUCACCCAAGCAGAAGCGCAGGAGUUGGUUCAGCAGUCAGAGUUCCGCAGCCUCCAUCACGAGCUCCGAGCUCAGCACCAGUUCCAAUAGCUCUAGUGUUGACUUGGGAGCUGGCGAGGGGGGUGCAGAACGCUGGAGCAUCUUCGGACCGCGCCUCUCCACACCCAAGACAGCCACCGACCAGACAGAGCCCACAACGGCAGCUGGCUUUGCUCUGCAGUCCUACAAGGGGGCCCAGAAGCCGACCCCUAUGGAGGUGAUGAAGGCUCAGGCCACCCGCCUGGCCGACGACCCUGCUGGCCCCAAAGCGCCGCCCAAGAUGGAGAUCCCCACCAUGGACGGCAAGAGGCAGAUGACCAGGCCACACAAGCUCAAACACCGUGACAUGAAUGUCCUGACACCCUCUGGUUUCUGAGCAACCCAGGGGUGCAUUUCUAGACAGCGUCGUUGAUAACUUGGUCAGCAACUUACUUGGUCGCAAUGCAAUUUCCCAUUGGCAAGCCACUAAGUUGCUAACUGGUUUGCAACAAUGCUUUCGGAUGCUUUCGAGAAAUGGGGUCCAGUCUAUCCUAGCCUAGCCCAGCCCAGCCACCCAACUCUGCUAUAGCGCCGCUGAAACCCACGCCACACACCACCCAUCAAAUCCUCAACUGUUGAAUUGGUUAGAUGUUGUAGUGUCUGUUCCGCAGUCCUGACCCACCAAGUACUCUCCUGUUGGCUCACAUGCACAGUUAGAUGAAGUAUCUCUCCCUUGACUCCUUCUUACCGCUAUUGAAACCCAGUGUAGUUCCGUCAGUCCAGUGCUCUGAUCUCUCAUGCCUCUGAACAAACAGUAGCUGUUAGUUGUCAAUGUGUCGUCCGUUGUUGAAGUACUGCAGUUUUGUGCCAUUUCCUUUCUUUUUGCCCCUCUUUUCUUGUUUGGCCUUUUAACAUUUCCGUUUUUAUGAAUUAUAUGGUUUGCUGUACUAACAGUUUCUCAUUUUGUACAUUCCUUAUUGAAACGGUCAAGCCUUUUUUAUAGAAUGAUUUGUCAUCGUGUUAUGAGAUGUACCAUUUGGUGAGAAAUGUUCUUCUCAUUCCAGAGAUUUGUAUUGUUCCUAUGUUGCACAAGCAUGACCUGUCGGUCACAGCUUCAAAAUAAGUGAAUAUAGUCUCCCAUUCAUAUGUGAUAUUGAAUGGACGAUCUGUAAUGUUAUUCAGGGACUUUGACUCAUACUGUUCUCCUCAGCGUGUUGACUGUUCUUGUUGUGGUCAACCAUUGUCUUUGGUUUUGAGUCAGUGGUCGUAAUCCUUGAAGCGUUGUCAACUAUGUUGAGCAGAAAAAAAAAACAUUAAGAAAUAAAUUAUUGAAGGUCGUUUAGGGCAUUUUGUUAUUUGUUUUGCACUAAUAUGCAAUGUCAAGAAACGUAAUUUCAAUGGUCCAACAUUUAAUUUUGAUUCCAAAACAAUGAAGGAUUUUAAUUCCAGUGACCUCAAAACACAUGUACAUACCCGAAUAAAAAAGAUUCAAGUUGA